GCGACAUGCAGUUAUACACAAAACCCAAAGCCCAAAGCUUUUAACAGAAAAGUUUAUCCCUCUCAAAGUCUUAUGUAGAAUCUACACUCUUGCGACUCCAAGUGCAAAAUACAUAGAAAGCAAAGCUCAAGCAAAGAAAAGCCCCAAUAGCGUCAAAUCUCUCUCUUUCUAUUCGUUCUUUACUUUUCUUUGUCCUCACUCAUUCCCUAAACUCUUGCCAUCAUUUUAGAACACACCCAAAACCCAAAACAUCAAAGAACUCAGCUAUCUCUUCCGCAGUUACAGGGGUCGUUGAUUGGGCAUUUUUGGUUGUCAGAUCCCAGAUAAUGUCAAAUUUGGUUCUCCAAAAUUCAAAUGUUCAAUUACGUUUAGGUGGCACUGAGGGGAGCAUCAAUGUUUCUCAUUUUGUUUCUUUCUUUUCCAUAGUCUAUUAGCUGAGAGCACUGAAGGUUUUCUCAAGUAUUGUUAUAUAAUUACUCAAGAUUUGGUUACAUAGCAUAAAUGUUCUGAAAUUUACUUGUUUUGGUGUACUUUGUCAUGCUUAUCUAGUUUAAGCAGAGAUUAGGGAGAUGUAAAGUAUAUUGAAUGCUCAUUGCUGUGAGUUUAGGUUCUUCAAAUAAUUAGUCUUAGCAUAUUUUCAGGUAUUCUGGCAAACUUUUGACAUGAAGGAAUUUACCAUGGUGUUCUCAUCCAACAAUUGUCAUCAGCUAUGUCAUGUUUUGAAUUAGUGAAUCAUAUUUAGAAGGAAGGCUGCUGAACUUCUUGAUUGUAAAGUGUGAUGGAGGAAAGGAAAUUAAAUUUCAAUGCACCACUUUUAUCUGUGAGGCGGUUUUCUGCAACAUCUUCCUUCUCAAAUAGAGAUAAGCAGAAUAUAAUAGAGAAUUCUCCUCCCACGAAACGACAUACUCUCCCCUUCUAUAACUCGGAUGUGAGUUUGGAUCAGGUAACAGAACCUGUUGCUGUUCCUUUUGUAUGGGAGCAGAUCCCUGGGAAAGCUAAAGGUGGCAUUGAGCAUGAGUUUCAGCCUAAAAAGGAAGCUUCUGGUACUCCUAGGCUUCCGCCAGGGAGGGUUUUGGAUGUCAUAAAGUAUCCUGUGGAGAAAGACUUUGAAAGUCAGAAUGUGGUUAGGCCCCAAAACAAAGCAUACUCUAGGAAUGAUAAUGUGACUAAAUUAGAUUGUUCAAAUGAGGGAAUGAAUGAGAAAUGCAUCUCAGACUCUGAGAAUGAUGAUGAUGCCUAUUCUGAUGCUCUUGAUACCUUGUCCCCAACAGAUUCAUUCUCCAUGAAUUGUAGUAUAAGUGGUCUAAGUGGAUCAGAUGGCACAGUUGCAAAACCAUCACGAACAUCCUCUACAGAUCCACAAACUUGGGAUUUCAUGAUGAGUCGCUUUUUACCUGCUGCCAAGGCAAUGACUCUGGUGACACCUCAGUAUGCCUCAAGGAAACAAUCUAUGCCACCUGAACAACACAGAGAGGUUAAGAAAGUGGUUGUUGGGGACAGGAAACCUCCUGUUAAUCAAUCUGAGUCCAUUAUCAUUCCACAUUAUAACCAGGAUGUAGAUGAAGAAGAAACAGAAGAUGAAUACAAUGACUACGAGGAUUCAGGCAAUUUAUCAAGAAAAGCCUGUGGCUUGUUGCCUCGAUUAUGCUUUAAGAACUCUCUGUGCCUCUUAAGUCCUGUGCCAGGGUUAAAAGUUAGGACUUACUCUUCGAUGUCUUCUACUCUGGAGGUAGCAAAACCAGGCAAAGCUACUUAUAUGAAGUCUAACAGCCAAAUUGUUGAGAAGCAUGCGUGGGAUGUUGUUCAUAAGAACAAAUCAGAUAGUGGAGUUCAAACCCCCAGGUUCCUACAGAACGAAUCAGACAGUGCAGUUCAAUUGCCCUGGCUCCCAGAGGACAAAUCAGAUAAUGGAGUUCAAUCCCCUAGAAUUCCUGAGAUUGGGAAAAAGCUGACAUGUGGAUCAAAUCAAUUUGCGCGCUCAAAUGACCAGCAGAUAGUGAACAGGUCACUCUCCAGAAGGCUUCCAGGUGGUGCUCGCAUUUCUCCCUAUCGUAGAGAGAGACCUCAAUCUCCCUUCCGUGGAGGGGGGUUUCUUGGCAUGCCUAAAGAAGCUGAGAAAUUCAAAGCCAAUAUGUUGGUUAAGUAUACCAAAAGCAAUAACAACUCGCAGGAAUUAGUACCCUAUCAGAGCACUAGACAAGGGCUAGGUUCUCUGAGCCCUGCAGUUGAGAAAACAUUGUAUGUAGAUACUGUAAAUUUUACUGAAAUUGCAAGUUCAAAUUCCAAUUCCUCAGAUUCCAAUAUCCAAACGGACUCCACGGGAAAGCACUCUGAUACCUUAGUAGUGAAGAGAAUGCAGGAAGAACCUGCUACUGUAGAAUCUUCUCUUCAAGAUAUAAAAGGUCUUGAUCUUUUGGAUUUGAAGGGCAUAUCAGAAUAUGAAAUCACAGGGCUGGUGAAUUCUACUCGAUCUUCUUUCUCUGACAAACCUGAUCUCAGAGGUCAAGCAACAAUGAUAGAUCACUUCGGACAGAAUGGAGAACUGGAUCAAAAAGCCAAGUCCUUUGAGCCUAUAAAAGUUAGGGCUGAUGGAAAUCUAACUUUUAUUGAUGAUGAUGAUGAUUUGAGAGCAGCUGAUCGAGGAGAAGCUAAGGCUGGUUCUGAUUACUCUCCUCUUCCUCCUCCUUUACCAAAAACACCAUCUGAGUCUUGGCUUUGGCGUGCGCUGCCUUCUGUUACAUCAAGAAAUUCAUUUUCGCAGUCUUACAAUGGAACUCGUUUUAAUCCUAAAAAACGGGAACCUAUGAUACCUGCUACUGAUACCAAGUGGGAAACAAUUGUCAAAACUUCUUACUUGCAUCAUGAUCACGUACGCUAUUCUGAGGUAAUAUUAUCAUUCUUUAACAAUGAUGUUGUCUUCUCUGAUGAGAGUUUCAUUUUGUAAAUACUAACACU